AUGUCUGAAGAUAUCUCCGGUAGGAAGUCUCUCCGUAUCGAAGAUUUCUCCGACGUGGUGGAAGGGGGUCGGAUCGGCGACAUGUAUGACGACAUAAAAAAGAAGGAAGAUUUAACCUGUCGUGAGAGGUCGACAAUGGUGUUCUGGAACGUGAUCAAGUGCCCAAUCCCUCCUGAUGUGCUUCCUGGUGUUGAAUCUACUAUCAGAUCAGCUCUUCGUAGAAUGGGCUUGCAUGGCACGUUGCUAAUCUAUGUGUAUGGUGACAAAUCCUUGCUCGACAGAAAACAUGUCUUCUUGAAAGCCGGAAUUUCUUACCAUGUACAACGUGAACAACUCUCUGAUGCCGACAUCGAAGAUUCUGGUGAAAUGGAGUUGCACGUUAUUAUGCUCGCAGAUAACACGUCUGAGCGUCCAGCAGUUAUAAUGGCAAUCCCAAAACCAGACCAAGAUAGUGAGUUGCACAGGGUGCUCAAGUGUUUGCAAUCGAGAGAUCACGAUGUUCUCCUAGUAAACCCGCCUGUUGGUGACAGUGGUCAAUUUCUUGAAUCUGCAGAGUCAGUACUUGCUUGUACACAAUGUUUAGAUGGAGAGCCCAUAACCAGGCCAUACUGCGUUUGUGCUUACAGUUGA